GUCUCGCUUGGCAUCCGUCGCAGAAGCAGCACCAGCACCAGCGGCAGCAGCAACGCCCUCCGGUCCGCCCAGCCAAGGCUCGCCAACAGACGCAGCAUCGGCCCUGGCGACUCCACCUCUCGCAUUUAGCAUCGCACGGUCGUCGAUAGCGAUCGCAACGGGGCACAGAUGAGAACCGAAGUCCGCAUUCUCUUGGUCGGAGACGACCAAGUCGGCAAAAGCACGCUGAUUACGUCGCUCAUCAAAGAGACAUUCGUGCCCAAUAUCCAGCAUGUUGUGCCCGAGGUUACGAUCCCCCCUGAGUGGUCGAGAGAUAAGGUCACCACCCGGAUUGUCGAUUCCUCCUCACGAGCCGACAAUCGCGAGCAGCUUGAGGCUGAAAUCCGAAAGGCGGACGUGAUCUGCAUCGUCUAUGCCAUCAAUCGAUCCGAGACGUUCACUCGCACGCACGAGUUCUGGCUGCCGUACAUCCGCCGGCUGGGACGAAACGUGCCGAUCGUGCUUGUUGGCAACAAGAUGGAUCUUCGUGGCAAAGACGUGACGAACGACUCGCUGGAGGAGCAUGUGAUGCCCAUCAUGAACGAGUUCAAGGAGGUCGAGACUUGCGUCGAGUGCUCGGCCAAGCAGCCGCUGAAUGUUUCCGAGGUCUUCUACUUUGCCCAAAAGGCAGUCUUGCAUCCCACUGCGCCGCUAUAUGAUUCCCGCGAGCACACCCUUAAACCGGCGUGCAUAGAUGCGCUCCGGCGGAUCUUCCGACUCUGCGAUAAGGACAAAGACGGAGUUCUCAACGACGACGAGAUCAACGACUUCCAGGGAAAGUGUUUUGGAGCCCCGCUCCAGCGCCAGGAGAUCGAGAGCGUCAAGGACGUUGUGCGAGAGAGCGAGCCCGACGGAGUCAAUGAAACCGGUCUCACGGAGAUAGGCUUCCUGUAUCUGCACACACUCUUCAUCCAAAAGGGACGACUCGAAACUACAUGGACUGUUCUCCGGAAGUUUGGUUAUGGCGAUGAUCUCUAUCUGCGCGAAGACUUUUUGUGGCCUGCAAUCGAAGUUCCACCUGAAUGCUCUGUCGAGCUGAGUAGUGACGGCUACCAGUUCUUUACCGAGCUGUUCCAGGCAUUUGACAUGGACAAAGACGGAGCCCUGAAGGAUUCGGAACUUGAAGAUCUGUUCAGCACCGCCCCAGACAACCCUUGGACCGGCACCGGCUUUCCGGAGACAACGAUCACAGCCGAAACGUCUGGCGCAGUGACGCUGCAGGGAUUUCUGGCGCAGUGGAGCAUGACGACCCUGCUGGACUACAAAACCACUCUGGCUUAUCUGGCCUAUCUGGGCUACGACGGAGACACGACACAGGCCUUGAAGGUCACAAAGCCGCGCAAAAGCGACCGCAAGCGGCAGGGGCGGGUUCAGCGAAAUGUGUUUCUGGGCUACGUCUUUGGGGCCACGGGCUCGGGCAAGACUUGCUUCCUCCGCGGCCUGGUCAACAAGCCCUUUGAAGAGACAUACACACCAACGACCAAGCCCUACAGCGUCGUCAACUCGGUCGAGAUUGGCGGAGAUGAGAAAUACUUGGUGAUGCAAGAGUUCGGUUCGAAAUACGACUCGGAGGUUCUCCAGAACCGCAAGAAACUGGACGCGUGCGACUUUCUCUGCUUCAUCUACGACUCAAGCGACGUCAAUUCGUUCGCAUAUGUGGCUGGGAUCCGGAGCAAAUUCCAGGUCGACCAUCUGCCGUGUAUCUUUGUUGCCACAAAGAGCGACUGCGACCUCGUCCCCCAGCGCUACGAGAUUCAGCCGGAUGUAUACUGCCGGAACCUGAAGCUCCCUGUCCCCAUCAGCGUUUCGCUCAAGCAUGGCAUGACCGCCGAUAUCUACUCCACCCUCGUGGGUGUCGCCAUGGAUCCGGCCAUCGCCAUGCCCGGCAGCAAGACAUCGUCGCCAUCGUCAUCCCGCAUGGGGCUUUACAUCACCGUGACCGCCGUCUCUGCCGCGGUUCUGGCGGUGCUGCUCGUCUAUCGCAACGUCCACCGUCCCAGCGCCGCUGUGUCUACCUCGCCAUAGCCAUGUCGGGUGUUGGCUUGGCUUGGCCUGGCUUGGCCUGGCUUGGCUUGGCUUGGCCUGGCUGGCAGCCCUUGCUCUCACUUGUAUCUGGUUCCUGGACCACGCAAUCGAUUCAUCUCAUAGUCCUUUA